AUGACGCAACAAUCCGAGAACCAUGCUUGCAACUUUCAUGAAGAAGACUCUUCAUGCAAGGGAAUGACAGCGAACUUGGCUCUUUUUCACCGAGACGCGAUGAGGCGUUCUGAUACGUAUCAUAGGAUGAUACAUACAGUUCUUGCGUUCGGGCAUAUUGAUGUUUAUGUCCGCAAGCAUCUCGAACACCAUUCGGCGAGAGUGAUUUGGACCCUCGAUCCGAGGUUCGACACGCAUCUCACGAGAAUAGAGAUAUCUCGCAGCGCUAUCGAGGCCCAGGCUUGCAUGGCCCCCCAAACUCAACGUUUAAAGGUCAUCGAAAUAUUAGCCAUCAGUUACCUUAUUCACAGCGUUCGCAAAGCCUUGCGAUUCGAUACACAGGAGAACCCACUUAAGGCUGCAGGAAACCAUCAACCAGAAGACGACAGACUCUUCAUAGUGAGAGAUGAAUUUGUGUUGCAGGAGGAGCGAGAUAGCACCACACUCUCAUACCCUGAUGGAGAGGAUGUAUUGGGAAGCUCGUCUGCAGACACGAUUGGCCGCAUCUGUGGAGAGAUUCGAGAGCACCGUAUAUUCUUAUGA